CGCCGACCGUCGGAUGGGCUGCCUCACCGCGCUCACAACUUCUACGGUGAGACGGCGGCGGAAAUCCGAUCGGGCUGACUAGAUUCUACUUGGGUGAUGGAGGCAAAGGGCCAGGCCAAGCACAGGCUUCGGCCAGAUGCAUUUUGAGAUGAUGAAAAGGGAAAAAGGGCGAGUGGGUCACCUCUGCUUCUCUUCACCAUCACCACCAGUCACCUUCUCGUCCUUCUUCUUCUUCUUCUUUGUGCGGACUCUUGACUCUGGCAGUCAGACCGCAUUGAUACGUUGGCCUCUCGAACAGCAGCAACAAUAGCAACAGUCACUUUACGUCCACUUGAUACCUUCUCCUUCCAAGCGAAGAGAAGCUCUCCUGUUACGAGCGUCAGAGUCAUCGUAUUUCUUUUCCUUCUUCCUUCCUCCUCUUUUUCUUCUUUCCGUUUCGGAUCCCGGCGAUCACCUCUUUUCACCUCCUAAUUAAACCAAUGGCGACCUCCUCGAUGUCUCCUGCUGCCGGUGGAAUCCAGCAGAGGCGCAACCAAAAGGCCUUCAAGGGCCUCGGCGCCGUCGUUCUCGUCGCGCUCAUUCUCGCCGCCUCGUCGACCCCGCAGCCAGUUCACGGUGCGCCCGCCAACCAGAGGCGCGAUGCGGGCGCAGCUGCAGCGCAAGCGUACAGCGUGGGUGUCCCCUCGCAGGGCGGUAGUUGGUACGAGGCCCAGGUUGCUUCGCUUUCCGCGGCCGGCAAGGCAACGGCGGCUACGCCCACUAGCGCUGCUCCCGUCGCUGCUGUCCCUUCCUCUACCUCUUCCGCCGCGGAGGAGGUGGGUGACGGCGAGCAAAAGGCGUACAGCCAGGCCAUUCCACAGCAGGGUGGAAGCUGGUACGAGGCCCAGCUGGCCUCGCUGAGCGCUGCUGGCAAGCCCACGGCUGCCACGCCCGUCGCCGACGCCAGCAGCGAUGGCUUCUCGAGCGUCACAGACGUGCCCACCGAGCCCACCGUGACGGGCACCGUGCCCGUAUCCGAGGGAAACACCGACCUUCCCGCUAUCGGCAACCUGGCCGCCAUUGCCGCUUCCUUCCCUCCCACUCCUAGCCCCAGCGCCAGUGUGACAGGCAAGGCCGCGGCGCCGGCGGCUACGCAGUCUGCCAUCGGUGGCGAUAUGGCCAUGUUUGAGCAAGUCGAGGGCGUGCAGCACCAAAAGGACAUGGCUGCCUCGACGAGCACCCAGGCAAGCGCCGGUGGCGACAUGGACCUCUUCUCGCAGGUAGAGGGCGUGCAGCGCCAAAAGGACAUGGCCGACGCGGCCAGCGCGCCGGCGGCACCAGCAGCAGCCGCAGCCCCCGGUGGCGACAUGGAUCUCUUUUCGCAAGUCGCAGGCACGCAGCACCAGAAGGACAUGUUUGCCGACAGCGCCGCGACGGUCAAGCGUGCAGUCAAUGCGCACCUGCAGCGCGGAUGGGCCAGGCAGCAGAAGAGGGAGGAGGGCGGUGCAGCUGCUGCCGCUGCUGCUGCUCCUUCGAGCGCCGCUCCCCAAGCUGCUGCUGCGCCUGUCUCCUCCUCGGCCGCCGCCGUUGCUGCCUCUGCUCCCGCCGCCGUCGCUUCGUCGGUGGCUGCACCAGUCGCAGCAGCUGCGCCUGCUUCGGCCGCUGCUCCUUCUGUCUCGGCACCUAGCGCAGCCGCUGUCGCCGCUUCUCCGUCCGCGUCUUCUGCCGCCGCCGUCGUCGCCUCGGCACCUGCUGCAGUCACGACUGCCGCCCCUUCGUCUGCCGCUGCCGCCGCGGCCCAGAACCCCGUCUACACGAUCACCAUGACGCUCAACGCCAAGCAAAAGGCAGCCCUCAAGGCGUCUGCGCUGGACCAGGACCCCCUCCAGCCCAAGUUCAUGCUGCCCUCCGCCCCCGGCGACGACACGAGGGCGCCUGCCAAGCUCCAGUCGAUUGUCGCCGCUUCUGCGUCCGCCUCGCUGCUCUCUCAGGUCGCCUCUGCUGCCCAGGCUACGGCUACGGCGGGCGCCGACGCCAAGGCGGCCGAGGCAGAUGCGCCAGAGGGAUACGAGACGCUCACCGUCCUCGUCCCCGCCGCUGCCAUGAAUGGGCGCAUCGGCGCCACGGCUACCGCCACGCCCUCGAUUGGUCUGGCUGAUCUGCCGGCCAUGUCGGCCUCGGCUUCCGUCAAGGCCUCGGCGUCGUCGUCGUCCUCCAAGAAGUCGUCGGACAAGGAGUCGAUCCCCGAGGCCAGCGGCUCGCAGAAGGGCACCGCGCCCGCCGGCCAGUCCACGUUCCCCGUCGCAAGCACCGUGACGCGCAGCAGCGCCGCAAAGGCCAAGGCCACUUCGGCGGCGCCGGCCACGGCCACGAGCAAGCAGCAGCUCGCUGCCGAGGGCGACCUCGACAGCGCCACGUCGCUCGCUGCGAACUCAAAGCUGGACAAGCAGGGCACCGUCACGCAGUACAAGACGAUCACCAAGCAGGUCACGCCCACGGCCUCUGCGUCGGACAAGGCCGCCGCGUCGUCGGCGUCGGCGCCUGCUCAGUCGAGCGCAGCCAAGAGCAACAGCGACGAUGACGACGACGAUGGGCCCCCACUGCUCAAGAACCCUUCGCAGAAGGCCUCGGCCUCGGCAGCUCCUGCCACUUCCUCGGCAGCAAAGGCCGCGUCGACGGCCUCUGCCUCGGCCUCUGCCUCUUCGUCGGCCGCACCAAAGGACGCCGCCAAGGCUGCUUCUUCCUCGGCCGUUCCCUCGUCCUCCGCUUCUGCAAAGGCUUCCUCCUCCGCCGCUCCCACAGCCAAGUCCUCGUCGGCCUCAGCUACGCCCUCGUCCUCGGCCGCCAACAAGGCCGCGUCCUCUUCAUCUGCGUCUGCCCCGGCUCCCACCUCGACCGACGCGGCCAAGUCGGACUCGGACUCGGUCUGCGAUGACGACGACGACAGCGACGCAAAGGUCAACCAGGCCUACAACUCGACCGACGACGACGACGAGGAUGAAGACGACGAGGAUGAGUACGACGAUGACGACGAGUUCGAGGAUGCGCAGGACAGCGACGGCACAGACCAGCAGUCGGCCGCACCCACCCUCGACGGAUUCAAGCUCGACGACAAUGCCUGGCACAAGCUCACUGGCCUCUUCUUUAGGCGCUCGUCUGCGGCCCCGUCUUCCGCCGCCGGCGCGAUUGUGUACAGGCGCGAUGUGUGAUGCGUGAAUAGCAAGGCGUCGCCGUACGCCUCUUUGGUCUUUACGGAGUCGGUCAUUAUAAUCAAUGUCAUUGUAUGUUUGCGAUAG